AUGGCGAGCAGAACGCAGUUUGAAAAUUCUAACGAAGUCGGAGUGUUCUCCAAGUUGACCAACUCCUACUGCCUUGUUGCUGUGGGUGGCUCGGAAAACUUCUACUCGGCUUUCGAGGCCGAGCUUGGAGACCUUAUUCCAAUUGUCCGGACCACCAUUGCCGGUACCAGAAUCGUCGGCAGAAUGACCGCAGGCAACAGAAGAGGCUUGCUUGUGCCUGUGCAGACCACGGACCAGGAGCUCAUGCACUUGAGAAACUCGUUGCCUGACACCGUCAAAAUCCAGAGGGUCGAGGAAAGAUUGUCUGCGUUGGGAAACGUGAUUUGCUGCAACGACUACGUUGCUUUGGUGCACCCUGACAUCGAGCGUGAAACCGAGGAGUUGAUUGCCGAUGUGUUGGGUGUCGAGGUGUUCCGCCAGACCAUCGCAGGUAACGUUUUGGUGGGCUCGUACUGCUCUUUGUCCAACCAAGGUGGCUUGGUGCAUCCACAAACGUCCAUCCAGGACCAGGAGGAAUUGUCGUCGCUUUUGCAGGUGCCUCUUGUCGCGGGAACCGUCAACAGGGGUUCUUCUGUGGUGGGUGCCGGCAUGGUGGUCAACGACUGGGUCGCUGUCAGUGGCUUGGACACGACUGCACCCGAGUUGUCUGUUGUCGAGUCCAUUUUCAAGUUGCAAGAUGCGCAGCCGGACGCCAUUUCCGGGAACUUGAGGGACACGUUGAUCGAGACGUACUCUUAG